AUGACUAUUACAAAAACUUUUAGGGCCUUACCUGGCUACUUUAUAGCUUUCCCAAAUGAAAAUGCAAAACCAGUAGAUUCAAGUAAAAUCAAUCAUCUAGAGUUAAAUGAAUGUAAAUCCUGGAAACAACUAUACGAUUCCAUACCAAAAGACACGCCAACACAUGAGUAUAAGAUACUUAUUGUGGCAAGACAUGGACAAGGUUACCAUAACGCUGCUAUCGAUCGUUAUGGAGAAGAUAAGUGGGAUGAAUACUGGUCUAUGUUAGAAGGUGAUGAACAUGGUGAAUGGGUGGAUUCUAAAUUGACCCCGUUGGGAAAGAAGCAAGUAUUCAAUACUGGUUCAAAUGUAAUACUGCCUAUUAUCCAAGAUUUAGGAUUUUUACCACAUAUCUAUUUCAGUUCACCAAUGAGAAGAUGUUUAGAAACGUUUAUUGAAUCAUGGACGCCUGUAUUUUGCAGAUUUUUACCCCCUGAGACAGAGGUGUCGCCCUUCAUAUUGGAAAAUCUUAGGGAAACAUUAGGUGAACAUACCUGUGAUAAAAGAGUAGACCAUUCUAUUGCAGUAGAAGAAUAUCAAAAUUAUAAGAUGAAAUCAAAUAAUGUGAUUACUUGGAAAUAUUCGGAAAAUUAUCCCGAGGUAGACCAAUUAUGGUCUGCUGAUUGGAGAGAACCUCAAUCAGAAAUGGAUGCUCGUGUUAAUAAUGGUCUAAUAGAAGUAUUUGAAAAACUAAGUCCAGAGGAAAAACUUGUCUCUAUCACUUGUCAUAGUGGCGUCAUUGGAAGUAUAUUACGUAAUUUGAAACAUCCUGAAAUCCAAAAUUUAGAUACUGGAAAAAUUGUUGCUGUUGUAGUUGAGGUUGCUAAGCACUAA